ACCGGUUAACAGCUAUUGCUAAAAUGACAUGAACCAACUAAACCAACUAUCAACAAGUCAACAAGCAACUUUUUUUCAUGUAAUAUUUAGUUUGUGUGUUAUUUGGAUUAUUAAAACCAAUUUUUGCUUCAUUUUAUUUGUUGGAUCACUAUUUCCAUCUGUUAAUUUUUGGUAUAAUUCUGGAGAUAUACACAGUCAAUAAUAUACAUAUACCAACAAGAUAAACCUUUACUUUGUUUUAUCACCUUUUGUUAUUGUCUACAUCUUUCAAUAAUCAGAUUGGACGGCUUUUAAUAAACCAUUUUCAACUUAAUUUAAACCCAAUUAAUUAACCUUUCUCACAUUCAGCAAUGGUCAGUGCUGAGAUGGAGAAAGUAAGUGUAACCGGUUCUGCUUUGGUUUACGCUCCGGUUAAUCAAUUGGCCACAGCAAUUGUUCACAAUGUUACAGAUGAAGCUGACCUUUCAGUUACAAUUAAAGGUCCUAAUGGUCCAGUAAUACCCAAAAUUUCUGGAAAUGAUGUUGGAGCUCAAAUUGAUUUUUUGCCAAAUUUUACCGGUGAACACCAUAUUGAUAUAAAAUACAAGGGAAACCCAAUCAAUGGAUCACCAUUUGCUACAAAAAUAUACGAUAUUAAACAAAUAAAGGUGAAAGAGAUGCCAAAAGAAAUUCUGAUCGGAAAACCAGUUACAUUCAUUGUUGAAGCUAAAAACGCUGGACCCGGUAAUCUUGAGAUUAUCAUUAACAAUGGAAAUGUGCCUUCAACACCUCAAGCUUUGGGUUCAAGUCAAUAUGCCAUAACAUUUUUACCUAAAGAAGUUGAAAACCAUCAGAUUGAUAUUAGAUUUAAUGGUGAACUUGUUGAAGGUGCGCCAUUCAUUUGUUCAGUUCUAGAUUUAUCCAAAAUUGUUGUCCAAAAAGAUGGGUUAGACAAAGUUCCAGUUAACUCUCUUGUUACCUUUUUCAUUGAAACCAAUGGGACUGUUUUAAGUGAAAAACAGAUAACAAUUACCGCUGGAACCAGUAAGACUGUUAAAUUUGAUUUGAUUGAGGAAGGACAAGUUGGUUAUAAAGUAUCAUUUAUACCCACUGAGCUUGGUGACCAUAUGAUUGAUAUUAAAUUGGGAGGCGAAUCAGUUUCCUCAUGUCCAUUCUUGGUUCGUGUUUAUGAUGCAAAAAGAGUUAAAGUCACCGAACCAUCAGCCGGUGAAAUUGGAAAAUUGCUGUCCUUUUCAAUCGACGCUAGUCAAGCUGGUGCUGGAAACCUUGAGAUAAUUGUUACCGUUAAUGGUCGCUAUGUUCACAAUUAUGUGAUUAAAGAAGGAAAUGCCAAAUUUCGCGUUAACUUUAAACCAAUGGAACCUGAUGUUCACAUGGUUAAUGUUAAAUUCAACGGAGAAUCAGUGCCAGGAAGCCCUUUCAUGGUUAGAGUGAUUGACAGUUCUCAGUCUGUAAUACUUGGAGAUGCACUUCGAAUGGCAUCUUUAACCAAAGGAAUUGAUUUUACCAUUGAAAAUAAAAACGAUCGUAUUCAAGAUUGUGUCGUUCAUGUAACUUGUGAUAAUGGUAAAAAAAUGGUCGCCGAGGUCAAGAAACUCAAAGGAUCUUUCAGGGUCAACUUUAUGCCCAUUGAAAUUGGUCCACAUGCAAUCACAAUUAUAUUGGAUGGAGUAGUAAUCAAUGGAUGUCCGUUUAAUUGUAAUGUUUAUGAUGUUUCUAAAGUUAAAGUUUCUGGAUUAAAUACAUUUGAAGUUGGUAAACCCGUUACAUUUCAAAUCGAUGCCGUUGAAGCUGGUGAAGGAACCCUUGAGAUUCUGGUUACUAACCGAAAAACUGGAAUCCGUCCUGAGGUUGAUAUGAAAAGUAGAGGUCUUUAUGAUGUCACAUUUGUACCUCAGGAAAAAAUAUCUCAUUAUAUCAGAAUAAUAUUUAACGAAGAAGACGUUCCAGGAAGCCCUUUCAAAAUAGAGAUGAAAGACCUUAUUCCCAAAAAUGGACUCGUUGGUUCAAGUAAUAUUGCUAUCAUUGACGCCACUGACCCAGCCAUGGAAGUCAAAGUUGUUGGUCCUCAAAAGACACCAAUUAUAUCAAAAGUAACUCGAGAUAAUUCAACUUUUAAGGUUGAAUUUGUUCCAAAAGAAGUUGGACUUCACCGAAUUGAACAAUACAUUAAAGGAAAUUUGGUCGCUGAGAAAACAAGUUUCAUUGAAAUUUGUGAUCCUAGUCGAGUUAAACUGAUUGAUGUUCAAGAUGGUGUUGUUGGUCGCGAGCAAACAUUUAAAAUUGAUUGUACAUGGGCUGGUCGUGGUAAUUUAUCAGUAAACAUUAAAACUUCAAAUGAUUCAGAAGUAACUCAUUGUAUUAAGGAAAUAUCAACUGGAGUUUACUUGGUUUCUUACAAACCAAAAGUCGAUUCACCACAUUAUAUCGAUGUUCGGUACAAUGACCAUCAAGCUCCUGGUUGUCCCCAAAUGGUUGAAAUACGUGAUCCAACAAAAUCAAUCAUUGUUCAUGGACCAGCUUUGAAAUCUUGUGUUCCCGAGGAACCAGCUACUUUCCUUAUUGAAACUGGAGGCUUUGCUGCUGCCAAAAAUUUUGACGUUAUUGUCACUGAUCCGAAUGGAUCGCCAUUGAAUAUAAAAUGUUAUCAACAAAAAGAUGGCAGUUUACUGGCAGAGUUUACUCCACAACGAACAGGUCCUCACAAGAUUGAUGUCCUCUAUCAGGAUAACAGUAUUACUGGCUCACCAUUUACUAGUGAGGUUUUUGAUGCUUCAAAAGUUACCCUUCAAAGAAUCAAGUCCACAAAUUUCAUUGUUAAUGAAAAGAUAUUUUUUACUCUUAACCGUAAAGAUGCUGGAUAUGCUGAACUUGAUUUUACGGUAACCAGUCCACUUGGAAGACAUUUACCGAUAGAAGUGAAAGGAACUCCUGAUGGUGAAGGUGAAAUAAUUGAAUUUAUUCCAACUGUUCCUGGAAAAUAUAAAAUUGCCAUAACUUUCGGUGGUAUCGAAAUUCCUGGUAGUCCAGUUACUUUCAUCGCACAAGAAGGAAAUUUACCAGUUGUGGAAGGAAACGGAUUAAAGCUAGGAUUUGUUGACCAACCAGUUGAAUUCAAUAUUGAUGCUCGUGAAUUGAAAGGCUCUCCAGAAGUCAGAGUUGAUGGACCUGAUUCAGAACCACAAGUGGAAAUUGAGGAAACAAAUGGAAUCUAUAGAGUCUCGUUUGUCCCAACUGAAGUUGGAAUUUUUGAUGUUCGGGUUCUAUGGAAUCGCAAAGAACUUCCUGGCUCACCAUUCCAUCCGAAGAUAUUGAAUCUCGAACAGGUUCGUCCAAUUGGAGGCUGGGAAAGUAUUUUCAACGGACAAGAGCAAAUAUUAUUAACAUUAAAUGAAAAGAAGCGCAUUUCUUUUGAUGUGACCGGAGCUGGUCCAGGCAAAUUAACUGGUUUCGUUAAGUUUCCCGAUGAUAAAGUUGAACCAGCUAUGAUUGAGCAAACUGCUCCACACAAAUUUAGAUUAUCACUAACACCUAAACUAGAAGGCGAGUAUCAAAUUCGUUUGAAUUUUGGUGAUCAACGAUUACCAAAAUCACCAUUGAUUGGUAUAACCAACUCUAUCCGUAAUGGUGAUGAAUGUGCGACCGUAGUUCUUAGAGGUCAAGGUCUUGCUGGAGCUAGAGUAGGUGAAGAGACUCAAUUUAUCCUUGACGGAACUGAUGCUGGACCAGGUACGCCGGAAAUAACAAUGAAUGGUGUUAAAGCUGAUAUUUCUAUUAAAGUAACGCAAAUAAAUGACAGGAUAUUUAAAGCCACCUACACUCCAUCAAUACAAGGAACAUAUCUGUUGAAUGUUUUAUGGUCCGGUAAACAGGUUAAAGGAUGUCCAUUAAAAGUCUCUAUUCUUCCUCGAUGUGAUGCUUCCAGAGUAUUGUGUUCUGGUGAAGGACUGAAAGGAGGUGCCAUCGAUCAAGAAAUCAAAGUAUUCAUUGAUACAAGAAGAGCUGGACCAGGUGAUUUAUCUGCUCACUGUAUUGGUCCAAAUAAAGUUGCUUUCUGUGAAUUAUUGGAUCAAAUGGAUGGAACUUUUAAUUUAUUUGUUAAACCCCAAGAGCCUGGUAAACAUUCAUUAACAAUCAAAUAUGGAGGUGAAAAUAUAAGGGGAAGCCCAUUCACUUUAAAGAUUGCCGGUUCACCUGAUGCGUCCAAAGUUAGAGUCCAUGGCCCUGGCAUUGAACACGGAGUAUUACCUUUAUACAUGAGUAGAUUUAUUUGUGAUACUAGAGGUGCAGGUUAUGGUGAUUUAACGGUUCAAAUUCGAGGUCCACGAGGUGCCUUUCGAGCUGACAUGCAACGAGUUAAUCAGAAUGAUCGGAUAAUUUUAUGCAAAUAUGACCCGACAGAGCCUGGAGAUUAUACCAUUGAGAUUAAAUACUCUGGCAAACAUGUACCUGGUUCUCCUUUUACUGUUAUGAUAUUUGAUACACAAGACGAACUUAAUCGAUUUAACUCGCGUCAAUUUGGUGGUAACAAUGAGAUUACUAAAAAUAACAACAAUCACCAUCAUCAUUCUCAGCCAACACACCACAUAAGAUCAAGCCAUUCAAUUAUUCCAUCACAUCUUCCUCAUCCUGUACAUUCACCACACUUAGCUCAUCCUCAUCCACCACCACCACCUCCUCACCCACCGGUUGAUUAUCUUGGAUCAAGUAUGGCUGCUUACAGUAUUUAUGGACCAACAUCAUGGAGAGGCUCAGCAAACGAGCUAUGAUUGUAACGGAACUACUCAAGUGAUCAAAUCAAGAAUAAUAAUUAAACUUUAAACAUUCGAUAUUUCUUCAACCGCCAUUAUCAUUAUCAUCAUCUUCACUCCAAGAAACAAAGAUUAUUCCAGCUUCUUUUGCCAAUUUAUUUUUCUAUCAACGUCUCAAUGUAUCUCUCAAUUUGAAAACGUACAAUUUAACAAUGGACGUUUAGAUCGAAAAAUUUCGAAAAUUAUUGAUCAACACUUUUUACGUUUUACUUAAUCAUUUCCCUUUAAUAUUAUCUUUCAUGGGUUUUACCUUUAAUGUCUUUGCUGUUAAAUCUUGUUUUGUUGUCUAACUGAUUCCUGUUAACUAUGUUAUGUACUUUCACAGGUACAAUCUUAAAAUCAUCUAAUAUCCCAUUUUAAAAACCAUUUCUUAUACCAAUAUCAUCUUCAUCUAUUUUUACUACAACAAAUCAAAUCAGCCAACCAGACAGAUAGUAAUCAGUAAUUUAGACUUUUCAUUAAUUCUCAACCGCUUUUCCUCGCCUGAUAAGACUGAAUCUCUCCGUCCACCGAUAAUCUGAACAUAUAAUCUGAUGGCGAAAAAACAAUUCUGUAAUGCGUCAAAAAGAAAUUUUGUUGAGUUUGAAAAUGAUUACAAUAACUGGUUAUCUGACAAACUGAGCCAUUUUAAUUAAUUAAAUUUACAAGUUAUAAAAAAUUUAA